AUGGGUCGUCUUCAGAUUAAGCUAAUGAAGCCUGCAGUGGAGGAAGAAGGAAUCCUGAAGCCUCUUGAUCAUCGUCAUCAUCAACAACAUAAUGAUAGAGCUAAUCUGGAUAUUAAUGAUUUCCAGAACGAUUAUUACAAUCAUUAUUACAACGAUGAGAAUGAUGGCGGUGCUGUUGCUGCCUGUUGUGGUGGGGCCGGAGAUUGGGAUGCCGCCGCCGCCGGCGAUGAUGAUCGGUCGCCGGAGGAGGAUGACGAUGAGGCCAUCGACAGAGUCAUGUUUUGGGAAUCCCAGGAGGCCUUGCUUCAGGAGGUUUUGGAACGCCAUAGCUCAGCAAGUCUGAAGCUGAGGCAAGAAGUUGGGCGGAUAAUAGGGUUAGCAAAGAAGACCGACUUCUGCAGCUGCAUGAACAGCACCCAAGAAGGCUGCACCAGUUGCUUGCGGAACAAGGUAGUCGACAUGCUUCUCGAAAGAGGUUUCAAUGCCACUCUCUGCACAUCACAGUGGAAGAACACCAAGAAGUUUCCCGGAGGCAAACACGAGUACGUGGAGCUUAUGGCGAGCACGAGUGCGAGGAAGAAGAGGAUACCCUACGUGGUGGAGCUGGAGUUCAAGGCUCAGUUCGAGAUCGCGAAGCCCUGUGGGGAGUACCGACGGAUGGUGUCCCUGUUGCCGGAGUACUACAUCGGGAAAGCAGACUACCUGAAUGCCAUCGUACGCAUCCUCUGUGAGGCGGCCAAGACAUCAAUGAAGGAGCAGAAGAUCCACAUGGGGCCAUGGAGGAAGAGGAGCUUCAUGCAGAUGAAAUGGUCGAGUUCUUCCCAGAAGACGAUCUCUCAGCAGCUGGAGGAUGCUCUGGUCAGCAAGAAGCUGAAUUCGACGAUUCAGCAUUCGUCUGCUGUUCCUGCUGUUGAGGUCAUAUAGAAGGAUAUAUGAUAUGAACAGAGGAAGGAAGCUUUGGGGGUUCUUUUUCAAUUUUUGGUUGGAAGAGGUAUGGGGAGAGCACAACAAAUUUUGUACGUCAGGAGACAAAAGAUCUUUGCUUUUGAGCACAAAUAUUACACAUAAAUAAAAAUAUUUUUUUUAUAUAUAGAGUCGAAACGAGUUCAAUAGAUAUGGAGUCUAAUUGCCACUAAACUUUGAGUUCACUAGCGAAAUCGUACGUAUCUAACUGAUACUGUACACGUUACUGGUAUGUUUCGGGCAAAAUCUGAGCGGAGCAAAGAGCUUGUCAUGAGGAUUUGAAUCCCUGGAACGAAGGUG